GUAGUAUCGUACAUGCGGUCGCAAGCCAUACACGAUGGUCUCUUUUUGUGCAACUCUGAUUCGACAGUUUCGGCACAGGUCGGCAGCGGCAUUUCAGAUUGCGGAGUCCGCCAUUUUAGCUAACAAAUCUAUAACCCUAGCUUCGUCAGCGUGCAGUGUGAAUAGGGGUCAGUUGCAGUUUGGAAUUCAGAUUGUUCGCGAAUAUUCGAAAGCGUCAAAGAUGAGUACUUUGCCUAGGGUGUUUUUUGAUAUGACCGCCGACAACGAGCCCCUCGGUCGGAUCGUCAUGGAGCUGCGCUCCGAUGUCGUGCCCAAGACCGCCGAGAACUUCCGCGCCUUGUGCACCGGCGAGAAGGGAUUCGGGUACAAGGGCUCCAUUUUCCACCGCGUCAUCCCCAACUUCAUGUGCCAGGGCGGCGACUUCACCAACCACAACGGCACUGGCGGCAAGUCCAUCUACGGCAACAAGUUCCCCGAUGAGAACUUCGAGCUGAAGCACACCGGCUCCGGCAUCCUGUCGAUGGCCAACGCUGGCGCCAACACGAACGGCUCCCAGUUCUUUAUUUGCACUGUGAAGACCGCCUGGUUGGACAACAAGCACGUCGUCUUCGGCGAGGUCGUCGAGGGACUGGAUGUGGUCAAGAAGAUCGAAUCUUAUGGAUCGCAGUCUGGCAAGACCUCCAAGAAGAUCAUUGUGGCUAACUCUGGUUCUCUUUAAGAAGGUGCGAUGCAAAAGCAACAGCAACAUUGCAAGAAGAAAAAUCUGUUAAGACGAAAACCAUUUGCAUUUUCUCCAAAACAUUUUUUUUUACCAAUUACUGUACUGUAAUAUUACGAGAAAAAUACAUAACAAACCAACAUAUUUUCAAUAGACAUGUUGGGUUUCCUUUGGCCAAUCAAUUGUAUGUGGGGGCCAAAAGUGAAUAGAAUUAGUGCCCACCAAUGUCAGAAAGCGUUCAAUUGGCUAUAUAAUAUGCAUUAAAUCUGUAACUUUAACAUUUCCAUUCACAAAAAAAAAAACAAAGAAGAAAAACAAUGAGACGACAAGAGUCGAGAGGGGCUUAGAAAAAUGUUUGAUCUUUUGAUGUUGGCUUACUUACUACUAAUAAUAGUAUUAGUAAUGCUGAUUAUCUAAUUGCAUAUAUAUAUAUAUAUACCAACGUUCUACGCUAUGUACCGGAAUCGGAAUUGUAUUUUCGUCUUAAUAAAUCUGAAUAAACGGCAACC